CAUGGCGUCUGGUUUCGUAGGGGAAGGUUUAAGAAGCCUUCCCCACAGCAGGACUUCCGCUUCCGGUCCUCGGAAUCGGUACGCGGUCGCUAUGGAGGAACCGGAGAUGCAACUCAAGGGAAAGAAAGUCACAGACAAGUUCACUGAGAGUGUCUACGUCCUGGCCAAUGAGCCGUCCGUGGCCCUGUACAGGCUGCAGGAGCACGUGCGCCGCUCUCUGCCUGAGCUGGCCCAGCAUAAGGCCGACAUGCAGCGAUGGGAGGAGCAGAGCCAGGGAGCCAUUUACACAGUGGAGUACGCCUGCAGCGCUGUGAAGAGCCUUGUUGACAGCAGCGUCUACUUCCGCAGCGUGGAGGGUCUUCUCAAACAGGCCAUCAGCAUCCGGGACCACAUGAAUGCUGCCGCCCAGGGCCACAGCCCCGAGGAACCACCCCUGCCCUCCUCAGCUUGAUUCCGGAAGAAACUUGGAGGUGCUUUGGCUCCUCUGGCUCAGGCAGAGCCCAGCAUGACGGCUACCCACCCAGCUUAGGAAUCUUCGCUCCACUGCUGACCUGCUGUGUGACCCCGAGGAAGUCCCUCUCCUCUCUGGUCUCUGCUUUUUCCCUUCUGUCAGAGUGGUUCAGCAGGCAGCAGAGGGUGCUGCUGCCUAGUGAUGUGUGUUGUAGCAAUUGGCUACUGCUGCAUGACAAACUAUCGCCAAACUUAGUGGCCGACAACCCCAGUCCUUUGCCUGCUCACAGUCCUGCGACUUGGGCUGGGCCCGGCUGGGCAGUGUCCUGGGCUUGCAACUCUCUGGCUCUCAUCAGACUUCGAAGGGGCUGCAUAGGAAGAGGUGGCCUUGCUCACACAUCUGGAUCUUGACCCGUGCCGUCGGCUGCAGGGGUCCCGUCCUCCUCUGCAUGGCCUCCCCAGCAGGCCAGCCUAGGCUUUUCCUGGUGACCGGGUGCCAAGAGGGCAGCCCUCAUGUACCUAUGCCCACCUCACCUCUUCUUGCUUCAUACUGCGGAUGCUCCAUGGUCAAGGCCAGCCAUGCAGCCAGGCCAAGACCCUGAUGGGAGAGGACUGCAGGAAGGCGUCAGUACUGGGAGGUGUGAUCGACCACGCGAGGAGAGCAUGGCACCAAGAAAGGCCUGGCACAUUGUCACUCUGUGCCCGUGUAGGGCAGAGCCCGGCAGAAGGGAGGGAUCCAAGGGACUUCCUGAGCCCUGGCUGUUGUAGUUCCCAAAGCCCUGCCCAUUUGCCAGGUACUGCGGUGGUGCUCUGUGCCACAGAGCAACAGUCUCCAGAGACCAGAGGCAACGGAGUUGAUGUGUAUGCAGUUAACCUGCGAUGUUCAGUUAUUAAGCACCUGCUGUAUACUAGGCUUAGCUCUGUGGCUGGGGUUGGUGAGGAAUCCCGCCGGAUGUGGGAUUGCCUAGGGAGUGUCUGGGAGGGCCUGGGGCAGGAGGGGCUGCCAAGAGGGUCAGCAGCCCUCCCCCCCCGUGGUCCACACAGUGUCGCCCACCAGCCCCGGCCCACACCCCGCCACCUCCCCACCCCCAUCUCUUUGCCCUGGUCACUCCCAGCACCCAGCCUCAAGGACAGCGCCCUGAUGCCCCCCCCCCACACCCUGUGUCGUCUGCUGUCCCUCUGCUGCCGUGCCCCCUUGAAAUAAAAUUCUCUGUGGCUUCUCCUGA